AGCAUAUACGGAAGAGACUGGGCUCGAUCCUUGGAUAAAGUCUGAAACUCCCGAAACCCAACAAAUCGAAAAGACUGAUAAUCACCUUUCACAGGACUGUGUUAUCAAAAUUUCCAAGUUUCCGGAAGAGAAAGGUAUAAUCCAUGAAACAGUACAUAAACGUUUCCCUUUCUUGUCUUACACUAAUUCAAACGCAUGGCAUCGAGAUGUUUUUAAAUAUACCGAUUCAAAAGCCGAAUGUCCAAUAUGCAAAGAGGUACAUACACGAUAUUGUAUAUGGGGUGAUUGGAGCGAUCUAG